AUGAAACAAUCAGUUUAAAGAUACUCUGUAAAAAUCUUAUCUCACGAAAUAAUUGAUAAAAAGGUGUAUUACAUAAUCAAUGUGUAUAACAUGGAAGGCGGUGAACCCAAAGAGACCAGAAAAAGGUAUUCUGAAUUAGAAUCAAUUCAUCAAAAAAUAUUGGAUUGGAUUAAUAUUUUUAAAAUAAGAAUUCAAAAUCUCAAUUUUCCAAAAAAAAAAUUACUCUUUCACACAAAUUAAAGUGAGGAAAGUAUAAUUAAGCGAAGAGGAGAACUAUAAUAAUAUUUCAAUUAAGUAUUGACCUAUUCUGAAUUAUAAUGUUUGGAUGUAAUUGAAGAAAUGUUACCCAAAGAUAUUGUCAAUAAGAAAGUAUUUGGAUAGCAAAUUGAUAGAAAAUGGUAAGAGAUUUAAUAACUGAAAGAAUCAUACCUAGCUAAGCAUGGCGAUUCUAUAUUUUCGUUGCCUUAAAAAAAGAAUGGGAAUUCUAAUAAAUAACAAUACAUUUUUAAGUUUGAAGAUCAUAUUAUUGUUGAUGAUUGUAUUCUUUAUACAAUUGAAGUAAAUGAUACAAUUACUCAAAAGAGAUGGAAGUUUAACUAGCGUUAUCAGGAUCUAAGAGAUUAUCAUAAAUAGCUUAAGAAUCUUAGAUUUGAUUUUCCUCUUCCACAUCUACCUGAAAAGAAAUCUUUAAGUCCAAAAGAGAUACUUGAUUUAAGGGAAAGAAAAUCUUAGUUUGAGUAUUAUUUAAACAGAUUGUUUGGUUAUUAAUUAAUAGUUGAAAAUGAUAUUAUGGUGUUUUUCAUAGCCAAAAGCCAGCUUGAUGGAAAUGAGAUUGGCUGUAGGUCUAAAGGAAGUACUCAAAAUACAUUGGAUGUAAUAUUAGUUUUUUAUUAAAAGAAUUCAAGCAUCUAAUCUAAAACUCAAACUACAAUCGAAUAAGUUGAUGAUGAAAAAAGAAUAAAUCGUAAGAUAACUUGCUGA